AUGCUUCAACGUUCAUCUGAACGAGUCGAGAUGGUGACGGUUAUCUACAAGAUAGCAGAAACUGUUAGAGGUCACGACCCUGAGACAGAGAAGAACAACUGUGACACAGAGAGACACCUAGAAGAACAACACACAGGAGGAGACACUGCAUGGAGCAGGUGUUGCAGACUGACUGCAGUGUGGUUGGUGCUGCUUCUGUUUGUUUCCUUGCUGACUGCCGUCACAGUUCUGUGGAUCAAAUUCAGCAUUCUGACUAAAGACAGAGACCAGUUACAGUCCAGUUACAAUAACCUGACUAAAGACAGAGACCAGUUACAGUCCAGUUACAAUAACCUGACUAAAGACAGAGACCAGUUACAGUCCAGUUACAAUAACCUGACUAAAGACAGAGACCAGUUACAGUCCAGUUACAAUAACCUGACUAAAGACAGAGACCAGUUACAGUCCAGUUAUAAUAACCUGACUGAAUACAGAGACCAGUUACGGGAGGAGAGAGACAGAUGCCUGAAAAUAUUUUGUAGUUCAAGUAAACAGAAGUGUUUCAGUUUUAGUUCCAGUUUUUAUGUUAUAUCUAAUGAGACGAAGAGCUGGGAGGAGAGCAGAAAAGAGUGCAAGGCCACAGGAGCAGACCUGGUGAUCAUAAACAGCAAAGAGGAACAGGAGUUCAUUGUUAAACAGCUGAACAACCUUGAGACUUGGAUUGGUCUGAGUGACACAGUAAAAGAGGGAGAGUGGAAAUGGGUGGACGAUACACCACUGAACACUGAGUACUGGGGUGAAGGGGAACCGAAUAAUGCAGGUGACGAGGACUGUGUUGUGAUUUACGGUUCAAAUUCAUCUAAACGCUGGAAUGACCAGAAAUGUUCUCGUAAAUUACCCUGGAUCUGUGAGAAACAUGUUUCUCAAUGA